UUUUUGAAAUUCAAAAAGAAACAGCAAUGGUGACACACCCACACACUGCUUUGGAAGAAAGAAGAUUUUCGUUAAAGCCGUAUGAAUCUGCUGUGCUGCUGCCGGCCCCUAUUCCAUAGACAUUGUCACAACCAACAGAACAAACUAGCCACCUCCCCAACUCAACCCAACAACGCGGGAACCCCCAUUUCCCUUUCUUUUCUUUUCUUUUUUCUUUCUUUCUCUUCUAUCGUGCCGGCCUCAACUGCUUCCCUACCAAGGACUUGUCCCGAAGAAAGAAAGAAAGAGAAAACCAUCUCUUCUUGUUUUUCUUGGGGUUUGUUUUGUUCUUUCCAAGUACCCAUUUGCUCACUUUCUUUAAAAACCAACUUUUUUUUAGCCAAACCCAGUUUGGGACUUUCUUCUUCUUUUUUUCACUCUGACAAUGGCUACAACAAGUUCUGGUUUGAGACCAGCACAAAGGGCUGAAAGGCAAAGAAGUGCCCAACAGCCACAAGGUCUAAGCCAUGCUGGGAAUUUAUUAACGAGAAGUUUAAAUAAUGGGCAACAGUCUCUUCUUCGUUCAAAGGAGGCUAAGCCUCCUUCUGCUUCUUCUAGACGUUCAGUUACUCCAACUUCUCGUUCUCACUCUAGGGACUUUGAAGAUGACAAUGAACCUGGAAGGGUGAGAGUUGCUGUCAGACUUCGGCCAAGAAAUGCUGAGGAUCUUCUCUCAGAUGCUGAUUUUGCUGACUGUGUUGAAUUGCAGCCAGAGCUGAAGCGGUUAAAGUUGCGAAAAAACAACUGGAGUUCUGAAUCUUACAAAUUUGAUGAAGUCUUUACAGAAACUGCCUCUCAAAAGCGUGUUUAUGAAGUGGUAGCAAAACCUGUAGUCGAGAGUGUAUUGAGUGGUUAUAAUGGGACGGUUAUGGCUUAUGGUCAAACAGGCACUGGAAAAACUUUUACACUUGGCAGACUUGGUAAAGAUGAUGCAUCUGAACGUGGUAUUAUGGUUAGAGCUCUAGAAGACAUAAUGGCCAACAUAACCAUUGCUUCUGACACUGUGGAAGUCUCGUAUUUGCAGUUGUAUAUGGAAUCUAUACAAGAUUUGCUUGCACCAGAAAAGACAAAUAUCCCUAUUAAUGAGGAUCCCAAGACUGGGGAAGUGUCAUUGCCUGGUACUGUUACAGUGAAGGUUCGUGAUCUAGAUCAUUUUCUAGAGCUGCUGCAAAUUGGUGAGGCUAAUCGUCAUGCAGCUAAUACAAAGCUAAAUACAGAAUCUUCACGUAGCCAUGCAAUUCUAAUGGUUUAUAUCCGGAGGUCUGUCCCUGAAAAAGCAGAAGAUGAUAUUAGCUCUCAAGACAAGAAAACAAAAAGCAAUUUACCUGUGGUUAGGAAAAGCAAGUUGCUGAUUGUGGAUCUUGCAGGGUCUGAAAGAUUAGACAAAUCUGGCAGUGAAGGCCUUUUGCUUGAAGAGGCUAAGUUUAUUAAUCUCUCUCUCACUUCCCUGGGAAAAUGCAUAAAUGCCUUGGCUGAGAACUGUCCACAUAUACCUACAAGGGAUUCUAAACUUACAAGAUUGCUUCGUGAUUCUUUUGGAGGCUCUGCAAGGACUUCACUUAUAAUAACAAUUGGGCCAUCUUCACGACAUCAUGCGGAGACCACUAGCACAAUAAUGUUUGGACAGAGGGCAAUGAAAAUUGUAAAUAUGGUAAAGCUUAAAGAAGAGUUUGAUUAUGAAAGUUUAUGCCGGAAGCUUGAAACUCAAGUAGACCAUCUCACUGCAGAAAUUGAUAGGCAACAGAAGUUGAGGGAGAGGGACAAAUAUGACUUGGAAAAACAAUUGCGGGAAAGUCAAGAUUCUUUUUAUGAGACAAGAAAGAAUCUAGUCACAAGGUCUGAGUUUUUAGAGAAGGAAAAUGCUCGCUUGGAAUUGGAUAUGGAAGACAUUUUAGCUCAAUUAAACUGUCAGAAAGAUCAUAACUCUUUGAUGCAAGAUAAAGUUGCAGAGUUAGAAAUGAAUUUGGAGCAGAGCAAGCAACACCAGCUUGAGAAUUCUACAUAUCAGAAAGUAUUGGCUGAUACCACUCAGAUAUAUGAGAACAAGAUAGCCGACUUGAUCAAGCGGCUAGAAGUUGAGCGUGCCCAGUCUGAAAGUGCUGAAGAACAGUUAGAUACAAUGAAAAAGCUAUCAGGUGACCAUCAAAAGUUAAUUCAGAUGUAUGAGAAGAAAAUAAGGGAGUUAACUAAGCAAGUAGAACAUGAGCACACCAGGUUUGAAAGUGUACAAGACCAACUGGAUUUGGCAAACAAGCUUCUAAGAGAUUAUCAAAACUCAAUGCAGGAGCAGGAAGAAAUCAGUGAGCUGAGAUUGAAGUUUCAAGAAAUGUAUCAGCUUCAUGAAUCUACUGUAAAUGAACUGCAAGCUCUGAAAGCAGAGUUUAAAGAUCAGAUUCAGGAGAAGGAAACAAUUAGGGAAGAGCUUUACGUUGUGCGAGAAAAACUCUCAGCAGAAGAGAAGCAGAGGAAGACAAUUGAACAUGAGCUGGUAAAGCUUAAAAAAAGUGCACCUGAAGGUGAUAAAGAUUUUGAGGAUAAAAGAUCAUAUAUGAAGGAAAAUAUCAGAGGGGCUUCAGUAUUUGGGACCUCAGCAAGUCUCAAUAAGUCAGGGCCAUUAAGGGAGACACAAUCUGCUCAGAGGGCUACAAUAGCAAAGAUUUGUGAAGAAGUUGGUCUUCAAAAGAUAAUACAACUGUUAACUUCUGAAGACUCAGACGUGCAAAUCCAUGCUGUUAAAGUGAUAGCCAAUCUUGCUGCUGAAGAUAUUAACCAGGAGAAGAUUGUAGAGGAAGGUGGUUUAGAUGCUCUGCUUACAAUGUUGAAAUCAUCUCAAAAUGCUACUAUACUUAGAGUGGCUUCUGGUGCCAUUGCCAAUUUGGCAAUGAAUGAGUUGAAUCAAGGCCUAAUAGUGAGCAGAGGAGGUGCUCAGUUGCUAGCAAAGACAGCUUCCAAAACAGACGAUCCACAAACUCUCAGAAUGGUAGCUGGUGCAGUUGCCAAUUUAUGUGGAAAUGAAAAAUUGCACUCAAUGCUAAAAGAAGAUGGAGGCAUCAAGGCAUUGUUAGGAAUGGUUAGAUCAGGGAACAGUGAUGUGGUUGCACAGGUUGCUAGAGGAAUGGCUAAUUUUGCUAAAUGCGAAUCCCGAGCAAUUAUUCAAGGACAUCGCAAAGGCCGUUCACUUCUAAUGGAAGAUGGUGGACUUGAAUGGUUGAUUGCCAACUGUAAUACUGCAUCAGCUUCAACCAGACGUCACAUUGAGCUGGCCCUUUGUCAUUUAGCACAAAACGAGGACAAUGCCAAGGAUUUUACAUCAAGUGGAGGAUUGCAAGAGCUUCAAAGGAUAUCAAUGGAAUCCAGCAGAGAUGAUAUCCGCAACUUGGCAAAGAAGAUGCUGAAAUCAAACACAAUGUUUCAGGGUGAUACGCGUUCGGGAUGGCAGUAAGAUGUACAGUGUGAAGCCUUACAAUUCAUUUUGUAUCUGUAAUGUAAUUAUUGCAUAGUAGCUUUUAGUCAAUUCCUGCAUAAAAUUACAUGUCGUACAUCAGCACACAACUAACAACCCGAAGGGUUAAUGUGACACCACAAAUUUCCUUCCCCCAUUCCAUUUAUAAGAAGGCAGCUUGUUGUGAAGGGAUGGGCUUUGAAGUGGUGGAAAGGAGCGUAUUCACAAACUAGGAUAGACAUUGAGCGUUUGAUGGCAUAUAAUUCAUCAAUUUCUUUUGAUAUUGUGAAA